CGGUGCCUGUGAACCUCGCAUCCUGUCCCACUCCCAGCCACUGCCAGCUUUAGCUCAGCAUCCAUAUUUUUCGCAUCCGUGUGGGAGAGAGAGAGAGAAAGAGAGAGAGAGAGCGGAUCGAAGGGAGUGGCAGACGCUGACAAAUCUCAUGCCGGGAAGCCGACUGAGCCAUCCCUGAUUCCCUGCACAGAUUCAUCUGAAGUUCGCCGGCACCGACUUCAUUUUAAUUCACAGGAUUUGGACUUCAUAAGUCCCACAGGUAGAAUGGAGAAGGAUAUCCGCCAUCCUCACAUUUAGUGCCUCGAUUAUAUAAAGAAAACCCUUAAUAAGCUGCGAAACUUGAAGUUUCUCCAGUGGACAUAAUGAACAUGCUGAAGUCCAGUGGCUUGAAGAUCCCUGGCAGGGGUCCUAAACACUCCAGUCCAGUGGGACGAACAACUGCUGGCCCAUCAACCAGCCCUGCGGCUCAAAAAGACAGUUGCCCCUACAAGCAGAUGACUCCCACCCCAAGCAGCAACGCCUCAGACAAGUCCAGCUCCAAAGCCUCUGAGGUGGGUGACGAGGUGGCCGGGGACUUUGUGGUCGGUGAACGUGUCUGGGUGAAUGGAGUCAAGCUAGGAGUCAUCGCCUAUCUUGGAGAGACCCAGUUUUCCCCGGGACAGUGGGCUGGAGUGGUGCUGAAUGACCUGGUUGGAAAAAAUGACGGCUCUGUCAAUGGAGUGCGUUACUUUGAGUGCCAGGCUUUGCAGGGCAUCUUCACCAGGCCUUCCAAACUCAUGCGGCAACCCGCCGGGGAUGGGGGUGACGAGCAGCAGAACACACAACUGCAGGGUGGUGCGGGAGCAUCCGGUCAGCGUGUGGUCAUGCCGCUCAGAGAAGGCAUGCUCAACAGCUCAGUCAAAACCGGCAAUGAGUCAGGAUCCAACAUGUCUGACAGUGGAUCUGUGAAGAAAGGGGGAGAGAAGGACCUUAAGGUCGGAGAUCGAGUGCUGGUUGGCGGCACUAAAACAGGAGUAGUGCGUUAUGUGGGGGAGACUGACUUUGCCAAGGGCGAGUGGUGUGGAGUGGAGCUGGACGAGCCGUUAGGGAAAAACGAUGGAGCUGUAGCAGGAACCAGAUAUUUUCAGUGCCCACACAAGUUUGGCCUCUUUGCUCCGAUCCACAAGGUGAUUCGGAUUGGCUUCCCAUCCACCAGUCCGGCUAAAGCUAAGAAGAGCAAGCGUAUGGCCAUGGGUGUGUCGUCUCUGGCUCACAGCCCCUCCAGCUCCUCCAUCAGCUCUGUCAGCUCUGUGGCCUCCAGCGUGGGGGGCCGACCCAGCCGCACUGGCCUGUUGACCGAGACGUCGUCGAGGUACGCACGGAAGAUCUCUGGGACCACGGCUCUGCAGGAGGCCCUGAAGGAGAAACAGCAGCACAUAGAGCAGCUCCUAGCCGAGAGAGACCUGGAGCGGGCCGAGGUCGCCAAGGCAACCAGCCGUAUCUGCGAGGUGGAAAAAGAGCUGGCGGCGCUGAAGGCCGGACAUCUGCAGUAUGCAACGGAGGCAGAGAGCAACCUACAGCAAGUCCGAGCCGUGCUGGCAGGCACUCAGAAAGACAAAAUGGAACUGGCCAAUCAGCUUGAAGAAGAGAGAAGGAAAGUGGAAGAUCUUCAGUUCAGAGUCGAGGAAGAGUCCAUUACCAAAGGAGACCUGGAGACUCAGACCAAACUGGAGCAUGCCCGUAUUCGGCAGCUCGAGCAGUGUCUGCAUUUGGAAAAGUCCAAAGCAGAGCGGCUUCAGAAAGAGUUAGAGGAAAAUAUGCAAACUACAGUUGAGGAGAAGAGUCGUGUUAUGCAGCUGGAGGAGGAACUGGCCCUGCGCAAGGCUGAGGUCGAGGAGCUCCAGGUUCGGCUUCAGAGAAGCUCCUCCGGCCCAGGCACAGAUGCUGGAGACUGCGGGCUAGGCUUAAACUCGGAGACUCUGGUCUUGCGGGAACAGCUUCUCUCCGCAGGCCGCGAACGUCGCGAAGAGAGCAGCCAGCUGCGCGAGAGGUACGAGGCGUCCCUGAGCACCAGCCAGAAAGAAGUUGAACGCCUUAAAGCCACCACAGAUCGUCAGGGCCAAGAGAUCUCUGACCUGAAGCAAAGACUUCAGCAGGCCACUCGUGAAAACAUGGAGAUGAUGGACAGCUGGAAAGCCAAGCUAGACACUUUGGUUGGAGACCAUCAACGUGCUCUAGAGGAACUAAAAUCCUCAUUAACGGGAGAUCGUGGGGCCAGUGAAAUCGGAGAGGGUGAAGGAACCACACCUGAGAUGAGGGCUGCUCUGGAGAGCUUAAAAAUGGAGCAUCAACUGGAGCUAGAAAACUUGAAGGCCAAGCAUGAGAUUGAUGCCGCCAUGAUGGCCAAAGAGCGCGAAGACCUACGUGCCCGACUUCAGGAUCUGCGGGACCAGCUAGAGGAGAGCGAGCAGAACUGGAAGAUCCAGGUGGAAACCAAGAGCAACCAGCAUACUCUGGAGCUCAAAGAGGUUUUAGAGAAGCUCCAAAAGGCUGAGUUUAGGAUCAGCGAUAUGGAUAAGUCCCAUGAAGAGCAUAAAAAUGCCACCCUACUUCUUAAAGAGCAGCUGGAGCUGGCUGAGAAGAAGAUGGUUGAUUAUGAAGCCCUGCAGAAGGCUGAAGCUCAGAGCCGAGCAGAGAUCCUCUCUCUGCAGGAGAAGCUGAGGGUCAGUGAGAACCGACUGCAAGCUGUGGAGGCGGAUCACAACACCCAGGAUGUUAAUAUGAUCGAAAAUAAUGACAACUCUGAAGAGAAGAUUAAACUGAAACAGAAUAUGGAAGAAACUCUGGAGAAACUCACAAAAAGGGAAAAAGAAGUCUCCACUCUAACAACCCAAGUAGACGCCCUAAAGACCCAAAUAACUGCCUUGGAGGAAAAGGUUCGUUUGGGAGAGAAUGCGGCAGAAGGAUUCUUUAGGGAGAAGACGCGUUUGGAGGCGGAGCUGGAGUCCAUGACCAAGAAAUCCCAUGAUGCAUCAGGCCAGCUGGUGAUUAUUAGCCAGGAGCUUCUGAAGAAAGAGAGGAGCCUGAAUGAGCUUCGAGUGUUAUUGCUGGAAUCUCCGCGCCACUCUGCAGGAGUGGACCGGGACAUUAGCCGUGAAGUUCACAGAGCGGAGUGGAGGAUGAAGGAGCAGAAACUACAGGAUGACAUUAAAACGCUGCGGGAGAAACUUUUGCUGCUGAGUCGGGAAAGGUCGUCUCCAGACCACCGCCGAUACUCUAUGAUGGACCCGUCUGCUUCAGACACAGAGGUAGCCCGUCUGCGUCAAAGGCUGCUGAGCACAGAAGAUGCCCUGAGGAACGCUCUGGAACACAACCAACACGUGGACCAGCUAGUGCAGGCCAUGCGUACCCGCCCAGACAAGAACCAGGCACAUGCUAGUGCAAAUUCUGCAAAUGGAAUUCAUCAAGAAGACACUUCCUUCACACAAGAGGAAGAACACUGAUGAGGGCUAAAACAGUUCUUGGAUGUUUAGGGAAGAAUGGAGGUGUAAUGGGAAAGAAGAAGCCAAUUUGAUGCCUAGACCUUUGGACUAAUGCUUCACUGGACAUCUUAUUUUCCGUUUACAGUUAACACCAAAACAACAACUUUAUAAAUGAACAAACAGAAGCCACAAAUUGAAGAAUAUCUAAAACGAUCUGAGACGCUAUAAAAGACAUAAUGGAAGUGGUUUUAAGGUCAAUGGUACAACACGGACAAACCGGCACACCGAUCCUGUAGACUACCUCCGAGAUGGACAAUGAUGUCUGACUUAACAAACGAGAGAGUGUUGGUCAGGAAAACAAACAAUACCCUGCUAUACUCCCAGUUGGUUGUAACCAGUUGCCGUUUAGAAAACAUUUUUGGCCUCAAUUUUUACCGUUUAAUUUAUUUGCCAUUUAUGCUUUUCACCUUUUUUUUAAAUGAUAAACUGGCCAACUCUCAGCAUAAGGUUUGAAGGACUUGGGCUGGUCACUAGAUUCUGUAGCAAACAAGUAAAUAAAAAAGACAGGCUCCCUUAUUCCAUACCUGCUCA